AUGGAGUCCCGACAAACCGACCUCUGGGUCGUGACCUUUGUCACAUUCUCAGCAGCCGUCAUCAUUACGGCUAUGAGGCUUCUUAGUCGUCGCCUUAAGCAUAUCCCACUCUCGUGGGAUGACUACUUUGCGCUUUGUGGAUUUGCUGUUUCGAUUGCUUGGGUCAUCAUCGUGCCUUACUGGCUUAACCGCGGUCUUGGACUACACAUGGAUGAUAUCGUCAAAAUGCACAACUCGACAUUGAUGGAGGAAUUAUACGAAGCAAAACUACUUCUCUUUAUCGCCGAGCUUUUCUACGCCUUUGGUCUCUUCUUCGCCAAGAUCUCUAUUCUCAGUCUUUACUGGCGCAUGUUCCGCGUUACAAACAUUCGACUGCCGAUUCAGAUUCUCUUUGGAUGCUCUCUUGUCUGGAUCACCUUCCGAAUCUUUAUGGGAAUCUGGCAUUGUGUUCCGGUGGAAAAGUUCUGGGAUGACAGUGUUGAUGGGUACUGCGCGAUUGAGGACAAGAAGUUCUUUUUCGGAACUACUCUAGUGCACGCUAUGAUUGAUAUCGCUAUCCUGAUUCUUCCCAUGUGGCAGAUUGGACGCCUUCAGCUCCCCAUGAUACAAAAGGCUGGCAUUAUGGUCAUGUUUACCUUUGGCUUCUUCAUUUGUGCUGCAGCCAUCCGACUGAUCGUUGCUGCCCGCGUUUUCGACGACAAAUCAUACGACGUUACAUGGAACAUUUGUGAUAUUGUUAUUUGGGCAACAGUAGAAGUCAACCUCAUCAACGUUUCUGCAUCACUCCCUACGAUCCGACCAGCUUGUACAUUCAUCUUCAUGUGCCAGAACCCGCGAACCCGAACAGGCGCCAGCUCAGGCAGUUACCCAAACACAUACGGUCGAAGUCAAACCAAGCAAUCCAUCCGUCUCGACACGAUCAACAAGACAAAACCAAAUGAUGAGUCCAGUUCAACACACCAACUGGCCGAGUCUGACGACGGCAAUGGCAACGGUGGUAGAGGUGGCUCUACCGACGACUUUGAGGCUCACGCUAUGGAUCGUUUUGCGCCAGGUGGAAACCAAUACUCUUCUACUAUCACGGGACAUCGCACCAACUCUGGAGGCGGAGACUACGGAUCUAGCUUUGGCGGUAUCUUGGUCAAGAACGAGACGACGGUGCACGUUACAAAACAGUGA